AUGGCGAGCGGCCUGGGAAUCAUGGGCCCAGCCUCGCGCCCCUCGACGAGCACUUCCAAGUCCAAGUUCCAGCUCCCCAGCAGCUCCUCGUCGAGCUCCGCCGACCACGACCCAGCCAACCUCGACGGCGACGACGCCUUCGACCCAGACGCGCCCCUGCCCUUCCCGACCGCCCUGUCGCGCCGCGACUUCCUCGCCCCAGACUUCAACGCAGCGUCCUACCUGUCGUCGCUGUUCCCAUCGGGGUCCUCCGACACAGACGACACGGGCCUGGGCGCGGGCACCGCCGCGCACCGGCACCAGACGCUCGAGGACCUGCGGGCGGAGCUGCGGGAGCGCAGCAGCGCCAUCAGCGCGGAGCUGCUGGAGCUGGUCAACGCCAACUACGCGGCGUUCCUGGGGCUCGGGGACGGGCUGCGGGGCGGCGGCGAGCGGGCCGAGGACGUGCGUGUCGCGCUGCUGGGCUUCCGCCGCCAGGUCGAGGACGUCCAGGCCCGCGUCCGGGGGCGGAGGGAGGACGUGCAGCGGUCCGGCGCGGAGCUGCGGGCGGUGCGCGGCGAGGUUGAGGCCGGGAGGCGCAUGCUGGAGCUCGAUGAGCGGUGUGGCGUGCUGCUUGGCAAGUUGGAAGGGGCCGGGAUUGAGGAAGAGGAUGGCGAUGAAGACAGUGACGGCGUAGAUGAUGAGGUGGAGAGGUUGGUUGAGAUGGCGAGGGAGUACAAUGCUAUCAUCAACCUGGCCGAUGCCCUUGGUCGGGACCUGCCGUUUGUCAGGAAGAUGGAGGAGAAGAUCACGAGAUGCAGGAACACAUUGCUGGUGGAUCUGGGUACAUCACUGAAAGAGGCGCGGAAAACAGGCGAGAAGGAGAGGACCGUCAGACUAUUGGGGGUGUAUCGAAUACUGGGCGCAUACUCAGAGGGAGUCAAGGUACUCAAGGAGAAAUAA